CACCCUAAAUUCAAACAAGACAUGCCAAGUGUUUGAUAAAAAAGGUUAGGUAGCCAAUCAACCAACUCACUGUUUGGAAAAGUCACCGAGGGGUUGCCUCGAGUUCAGGGACCUUUAAAACCUCAGAAAAGAUUAAGAACUGAUACAGAGCGGCACUUCUGUUUUUUCACAGUGGUGUCAUCCUUGCAAACUGAAUUAAGAAGUUUUCGGAUUGCAUCUUGCAGGGAAUAAAUUACAGUCAAUACAAUGAAAGGGAAGAGUGCACUUUUACUCCUUGUGUUGCUGGGUUUAGCACAGCUUCUAGCAGUAACGCGGUGUGACGACGAUGCAGCCGAAGAGAUAGAGAGCAAUGACGACGACGAUGAUGAUGAUGAUGACGACGACGAUGAUGAUGAUGACGACGGUGAUAGCACGGAGGUCAAAGAAGAAAACGGGGUGUUAAUACUUACAGAUAAAAACUUUGACACCUUUAUUGAAGGAAAGGAUACCGUUCUGGUAGAGUUCUAUGCGCCCUGGUGUGGUCACUGUAAACAGUUUGCUCCUGAAUAUGAGAAAAUCGCUAAGGUGCUUAAAGAAAAUGACCCGCCUAUCCCAGUGGCUAAGGUCGAUGCCACUAAGGAGAGCUCUCUUGGAAGCAGAUUUGAGGUCAGUGGAUAUCCCACCAUCAAAAUCCUGAAGAAAGGGGAACCAGUGGAUUAUGAUGGUGACCGGUCAGAGCAAGCCAUUGUGUCCAAAGUGAAGGAAGUGGCCCAACCAGAUUGGAAACCCCCACCAGAAGCCACCAUGGUGCUGACCAAGGACAACUUUGAUGAUGUGGUCAAUAACGCUGACAUUAUACUGGUGGAGUUUUACGCGCCAUGGUGUGGUCAUUGCAAGCGCCUUGCUCCGGAAUAUGAGAAGGCUGCACAGGAGCUGAGCAAACGCACUCCCCCCAUCCCGCUGGCGAAGGUGGACGCGACUGCAGAGUCCGAGAUUGCGUCCAGAUUUGACGUGACUGGGUACCCGACGCUCAAAAUCUUCAGGAAGGGCAAACCUUUUGAGUACAACGGACCGAGAGAAAAGUAUGGCAUUGUUGACUACAUGAGCGAGCAGGCUGGACUUCCCUCGAAACUGGUCCACACGCUCAAGCAGGUCCAGGAAUUUAUCAAAGAUGGAGAUGACGUGGUCAUUGUUGGCGUCUUCUCCAGCGACCAGGACGCAGCGUAUGAAGUUUACCAAGAAGCUUGUAAUGUCUUGAGAGAGGACUUCAAGUUCAGGCACACAUUCAACAGCGAUGUGGCUGCAUUUCUGAAAGCUUCGGCUGGUCAAGUGGUCAUGAUGCAUCCUGAAAGAUUCCAGUCUAAAUAUGAAGCAAAAUACCACGUAUUAACAAUCAAAGAUUCCACUGCCGCAUCUGAAGUGAAGGAGUUCUUCACCAAACACAGUAUUCCUUUAGUUGGGCACAGAAAGACCAGCAACGAUGCCAAACGGUACAAAGGUCGGCCGCUGGUUGUGGUGUACUACGGAGUCGACUUCAGCUUUGACUACAGAGUCGCUACUCAAUUUUGGAGGAACAAGGUACUGGAAGUGGCCAAGGAUUUCCCAGAGUACACCUUUGCCAUAGCUGAUGAGGAAGACUACUCAGACGAGCUGAAGAGCCUGGGUUUGAGUGAAAGUGGGGAGGAGGUGAAUGCUGGGAUUUUCGGAGAAGGAGGGAAGAAGUUUGCCAUGGAGCCUGAGGAGUUUGACUCUGAUGUGCUGAGGGAGUUUGUCAUGGCCUUCAAAAAAGGCAAAUUGAAGCCCAUCAUCAAAUCUCAGCCCGUUCCCAAGAGCAACAAAGGGCCAGUGAAGGUGGUGGUGGGCAAGACCUUCGACGAGGUCGUCAUGGACACAAAGAAGGACGUCCUCAUCGAGUUCUACGCGCCCUGGUGCGGACACUGCAAGAAACUGGAGCCCGAGUACCUGGCCCUCGGGAAGAAAUACAAGCAGGAGAAGAACUUGGUCAUCGCCAAGAUGGACACCACCGCGAACGACGUGCCCAACGACAGCUACAAAGUAGAGGGGUUCCCCACCAUUUACUUCGCCCCUAGCAACAACAAACAGAACCCCAUCAAAUUUGAGGGCGGGAACAGAGACUUGGAGGCAUUGAGCAAAUUUGUUGAAAAGCAUGCGUCAAAGUUGUCUGCGAAGGAUGAACUUUGAUGCCUUUCAUAUAUUUUGAGGACUUUUAAAGAAACAUGAGCAGAUGCAGUACUCGGUUCCCUCAAGCAGUUCACCUCUAGGUAGACCUGGAGGCGCUCCUUAAGAUCGUAACAACUCAUUUGCGUCCAAGCAAAAUCUUGCACUGUUUGUCAGCGGAGUAUAUUUUGUUAAAUCUUUUUAAAUAAAAGAUUGUAAAAAACAAACUGAAGGCGAGUGUGGUUGGCGAUGCUGUAUACACUUUCGCAGGCUUGUUUUGCUCAAUUUACUUUCUGUGCAAUCUCCGACGUCACAAAAAGAUUGAACUUCAACCUCAGGUACAGCGAACACCGCAGUUAUCACAGAGCACUCUGCAGGCUGACACCAAAAUGAACACUGAAUUGAAUAAAAGAGACAAGAUCUAGUCAGAAGUGUGAAAAUGAAUAAAGGAAACAGGUAUUGGUAUUGCUAUCCGCUUGUGCGAAGAAAAAUUAUCAUUAACUGUAUGUUCACAUGAAUGCAAUUUCAAUUAGAAACCUAAGUGUGGAUAUGGAUUUUGCCUCUUCAAUUUGCAAACUAAAUGUUUUGGUUGGUGAUGGACAGGAAUAUGAACCCUGCAAUCACGGCACCACCCAAGCUAGUAAUGUAUGGGUGUUGCAGAGU